AUGGACAUGUCUGACCUACGCGCCUUCUUCGAGUGCAUCCUACAUUUCUUUCGUAUCUUAUGGGCCUCUUUUAUGGCGUUAUUUGUGGGAUCGCUCAGCAGAUCGCCGGCACCAACUAGCGAUCUCGAAGCCGGUAUAACGCCUCACACUGUCCAGGUGGAAGAGAAACUCGAAGAUGCUGACGCCGCAUCCUUGUCAGCCAUGCCUCCCAACGACGACAAUCCAGCUCCGUCUCCCCCUCCGGAGAGCAACCCUCCGGCGAACGAAGAAGUCGCGAAGGAAGAGCCACGAUGUACCAACCAGGCCACAACCAUCGACCAACCCACCCGGCGUCCGAGCAGACGCGUCUCCUUCAUCCACUCCGUCAAGUCUCGCGUUGUCGACGCGACUUUGAAGAACGUUCAGGACAAGGCCAUCGAUGUCGUCAAAGCCGUCGUCAUCACCUCUUCCGAACUCGAUGUGCCUUCGUGUGCUGCUCGGGUAGAAUUCUACGAGGUUUCCAUUCGUCCUGGAACGUCUUCGAUCACUAUCUCGAAGAAGACUUCGCGUCAACGCGCCGUGCAAUUCGUUUUACCUCCUACCAUCGUCGCCAACGCUGCGGACAACUCGGCGAGCCCAAGCAGUCCGGUGGUCUUUAAGAGGCAUGGCGAUUCCAUCGACGACCUGUUUGAGCUCUUCCCGUACCCACCUGCCCACCCUUCUCCGGCAUCUAUCAUUUUCCCGGAAGAUAUUGCUGAGAUGGCUCCUCCGGGCCACAACGAACUUUCUCCCUCCAACGAAGAGGCUAGUUCGAGCACGGAGUUCGAUAGUCUCCUCUCUGCCAACAUCUCGGGUUCUCUGCUUACACCUGAUUCCUCUCGCGCGCCUGGUCCUCAUUUUGGCGACGUCCUGGAUGCAUCAUUCAGCAAGAACAACGACGUCUCAUGUGGCGAGCUGACAAUGGAAGUCCAAGGCCAAUCCGUUCCAGUUGCCAAGUGUCUAGACGCGCUCAGUCAUUCUGACGCUGGUAAAGGACGACUCAAUUCUGUUCCGUCCUCAACGACCAUCGUUUUUUAUUCUGCUGACAUCGACAACCAACGUGUUAGGGACCUCGACUCUCCUUUGCUUGAUUCUGUCUGUCCUGUAUCUGACCAUCACUGUUCGCUUGAAGACUCGGCUUCUGUAGAUACAUCGGCGCAUGUUGUCGAAGAAGGCUCUCGUCUCUCUGCUGAAACAUCAAACUCUUCGUCAGCGAACCUGGAAGGCGCACGCGGCAUCGAAUUUUGCAAGAAUUUGAGCAACACCUCCGAUUCUUCCGUAUCAGAGGCAUCCGACUUGGCUGCGUCGCCGCCGAACACACCUGCCAUGUCGGUCGUGUUCGAAGUGCCGCCGACCCCAGAGACGGCCACCGCCACACUCACGAAGAGCUCGUCAGAUAUCGAAGGAGCAGACCUCUCUCGAUGGAAACAGUCUAUGCGAGAUGUGCUCAAGGCUUUCAGAGACGCCGAAGCCGAAGACCUCGACUUCAGAGACCUCUUCUACCGCGAUUCAUCCUGCUAUUCUCAGAGCUCUCUGGCUGGUAAAGCGCGCGACGGAAACCUUGCGUCAACUGACUCCUCUGAGGCCGACAAUGACGAGUCUUUUGACAGUGAAAAAUCUGUGGAUGACAUCCCUCCCACCUACGAUGUCGUUGCAGUGCAGGACGACCACGGCAGCUUCUCGGUCUCUGGAAUUGGCUCGAUGCUCAAGGACAUUGUUCGUGGCGACUCGAAGAGGGACAGCGGCCUACUACCGGCCUACAGCUCAUGCGACGUCGUGAAAUCGCGGGAUUCGUAUCUCUGGACGGCAGUCAGCCACGAUGAUGAACGGGACGAUGACCUCUGGAGCGACCUACUGGAACUAGAUGAGUAUCUGUCAUGA